CGCCCGCCGCUCUCCUCUCCUGCCGGCCUGUCCAACUUCAAAAGAGCACGCGCUUCUGCCCCCCGCCCUCCUGCACCGCUCUCCUUCCCCGACGAUGGAUCCCGCAGCCAUGUUGAGAUCCCCGUGCUCUAUCGUCUCGCCGGGCUCCUUAUUAACCGCCCCACUUCUCCCAGUACGCCUCGCCGUCCAGCCACGCCGCCGAGUGCCUGGUUUUAUUGCGCCCUCCGGCAGGCCGUCCGUCGCGCGGCGCGCCGCGGCCGGAGACAAGUUCGAGGCCGAGACGCCCAUAGAGAAAAGUUUCCCUCCCUUCCCAACUGUCAUGGACAUCAACCAGAUCCGUGACAUCCUGCCACAUAGGUUCCCGUUUCUUCUGGUUGACAGAGUUAUUGAUUACAAACCAGGAGAAUAUGCUGUUGCAAUCAAGAAUGUGACAAUAAAUGAUAACUUCUUCCCAGGGCAUUUCCCUGAACGACCCAUAAUGCCUGGUGUUCUCAUGGUCGAGGCAAUGGCCCAGGUCGGAGGAAUAGUGAUGUUGCAGCCUGAAGUGGGUGGAUCUCGAGAGAACUUCUUUUUUGCGGGGAUCGAUAAAGUGAGGUUCCGGAAGCCCGUGAUCGCUGGAGACACCUUGAUAAUGAGAAUGACUCUGAUCAAGCUGCAGAAGAGAUUCGGAAUUGCAAAGAUGGAAGGGAAAGCUUACGUUGGCGCCGACCUGGUAUGCGAAGGGGAGUUCUUGAUGGCUACUGGAUCAGAAUGAAUGCAGGAGACACAUGGAUUGAUGAAUACAUAAUAUUUCAAGUUUUUACUGUGAAAUCAGCUUUCCAGUCUAAUAAGUUUUGAACUGUGUCUGUAAUAGCGGUGUAAUGUCGUUGCUAGUCUUAGGUGCCGUUUGGUUCACAUAUUUGUAACGUAAUGGGUAACAUAUAACGUUAAAUCAUGUUUGUUUUAGUCCAACCGUAAUCAGAUACCACACUAAAAUUUGAUAUCAGCCUAUUUAAAUUUGUUACCAUCAGUAAUCGAGCGUAAACCAUUACCAUUUGAGUUAUAUUUUUUGAACCAAACAGCACCUUAGUGAGUGUUGCUGUGUUGGUGUGUAUGAGUAACAGGGCUCUAAGGUUACAACCACUGCCAAUGGAAUGAAACAAAUGGAAACUGAC